AUGACUGACGGAAUGUCGUCCUCUCACACCCAACUCUCCUCCGCGUCCUCCGCCUCCACCUCCCCCGCGAAGCUCUGCUCUAGGACAUACAAGAAAGCUUCCCAACUCUACCUCACGCGACGUCUCCCGGAGUCGCUUGCCUCAUUGCAACCGAUUAUCACCGUCCCGUCUUCCCAAGAUGAACAGCUUACCAAUGGCGAUCAUUCCGCCGCGGUCGCGCCGAUCGCCACCGCUCCCAGCACGUGGAGGAUCAAGGUUUGGAACCUCUACAUCACGCUUCUCAGCGCAAUUGUAGACCUUGGUGCAGAGGAGGGAAAGAGUCAAUUUGGCCAGAAGGAGUGGAAAGCGAUCGCGACGCAAGUGCGCGAAGGUGGAAUCUGGGAGACCGUCGUGCAGGUCGGAUACCGGGGCCGGGAAGGCUCCGUGGACGCCGAGGUUGUCUACAACUUGGCCACUCUGAUCCUCAAUCACUCCUCCUCUCAGUCACUGAACCAACAACGCCUCGAGACCUACCUCUCAUCAUACGGGCAACCCAUUUUAGACCUCACAGAUCGCCUUCAGGAUGCAUCAGACGGCAUCCAGCAGCACCGCAUAUCGGCUGCCAAUGGAACCGACACGCCGAAAGAUCUGGCUGCCCGAGUACGAAUCAUCGAGCUGUUCACUCUGCACGUGCUGCCUCGGAACGAAGAGUGGGAGUAUGCGCAAGAGUUCAUUAACCUCAGCGAGGUCUUGGAUGAAGAGCGCAAAGAGCUAUUCCUCCAAACACUGGAGGGUCUAAAGGAAGAAAAGGAACGAGGAGAAAUGCGUGCGGCCGAACUCCAGCGCCAAAAGGACGCAGAAUUCGAGCGCCAGCGGGACGACGAGCGGCAGCAGGCUGAGGAAGAAGCUGCGAGAGCUGCGGCCACCCAAACAAAUGGCCAUAAGCGCAAUACUAGUGAAGUGGACUACGGGAUCGAGAAAGAUAUCCCGCGCAGCAAGGCCAAGGGGUCUAAAGCGACAGACAAGUCAACGCCGAGCGGCAAAUCCAGCUCCCGGACGGCGCUCUCUUCGUCAGCCUCUAAGAGCUCAAAGAAGCAGGUCAAGCCCGAAGCUCGAGGCCAGACUCGGGCUAUGGCGACCAUGUUGCGCAAUUUGUUCAAGAAGAUUAUCCAAAGCGUGUCUGGCAACCCACUCUCAAUAGCGCGUACCUUGCUCUUUGUGCUUGGCAUCCUGAUGGCCAUGAGCCGGCAGGACGUACGUGAACGAGUCCGCAGAAUCACGGGCUCGGCCUGGCAGAAGGUGAAAGGUACGGUUGGGAUGGGUGUGAAGGUGAGCUAUAUCUGA